AUGGUUGCAUUUAUCUUUAGGAUAAUCCAACAGAACCCAUCGAACCGGCUUGCAAAGGUCACACUAUAUCACAGCAUCUCCCAAACCAGACCAAGUAUGCCGGGCAUCCAAAUCCAAGACUUCAAGGUCGAUAUCCCAGCAGCGGAAGUUGAACGACUGCAACGCAAGCUCCGAGACACGAGGCUUCCUGGCAAGCCUGUUGUCCCGGAUGCUGGUCCAAACUAUGGCCCUGAGUACCAAUGGGCGGAGAACCUGUACAAUGCUUGGACGACCGAUUUCAAUUGGUACGAUGUGCAGGAGGAGAUGAACCAAGUGCCUCAUCACAUCGCCACCAUCGAGGACCUCCAAAUUCACUUCGUUCAUGCCCGGUCAGACCGCCUAAAGGCAAUUCCACUGCUUGCCGUCCAUGGCUGGCCUGGAUCCUUUUGGGAGUUUAGCCAAGUAUGGGGACCAUUGUCUAACCCAACCGACCCGAACGACCCGGCUUUCCACGUCGUCGCGCCCAGCAUGCCGGGCUUCUGCUGGUCCUCUUGGCCGCCGCGGUCGGGAUGGAAGCUACAAGACAACGCUCGCGUCUUCGACAAACUCAUGAAGGGGCUUGGGUACAAUGAGUACAUGGUCCAGUGCGGCGACUGGGGUCAUUUCGUCGGACGCGAGCUGGGUUCCAAGUACACCGACUCUUGCAAGCUUGUGCACUGCAACUUCGCGCCCAGUCCCAUGCCAGAUGGUGCGGAAUACACUGAUCGCGAAAAGAGGGUUGCCGAGCGCGGUGAAGACUGGCUUCAGAAUCACAUAGGCUAUGCUGUCGCCAUGAGAACUCGGCCUCAUACGAUUGGCAUAGCGUUGCAUGAUAAUCCCAUGGGUACCCUCAUGUGGGUGGGCGAGAAGUACAACGAGGCCGCGAACCCUGAGAAUCAAGCCAAACCGUUUUGGACAAAGGCGAUCUUAACGACGGUAUCGCUUUAUUUCUUCACCGGCUGCAUCUUGCCUUCAAUGCUGCCUUACUACGAAAGCCCAUCCCACGAGGACUUUAAUGAGUUUGUCAUGCAAGAGGAAAACCGCAUUCGAGUUCCCUUUGGGUACACGUCUUUCCUCUUUGACACUGAGCCGGCAUCAAGACGGGCGGUUGAGCGGACGGGCGACUUGGUAUUCUACAGAGGUAUGAGACCAGGGCUGGUUGACUGA